UACACGGAAUUUGCACUAAAUGCCAUGUGCAAAGAACAAGGCACUUUUCACAUUACCAUCACAUACCUUUUAAUUUACCUAUACUCUGCCCUUUUCACAAUGCUCUGACCAUCCUGGACUGCAAGAAAACAGCCGGCCAAGCAGCAAACUUCCGUAACUCAAGAGGAGUCAGAAUGUAAAACUAAUCAGACCUGUCGGGGUGGGAUCUGAUUGGGCGAGCCUGCCGUCAGUCAGUGGGAGGGUAUGUGUGUGUGUGUGCUGGAGAUUUUGUGGGCAGACUCCAGCGAAGGAGCCGAAGCAGGAGCAGAGUGUGAGAGAGGGAGCUAAGUCUAUCAAGAGGACGAUCUCUGCUCCUGUCCAGAAACAAGCUCCUGACUCUGGCAUGGCUCUGGGAGAGCUCAUCUUCACCCUGCUUGGGUUCUGCGUCAUCCUCUUCUGCGGAGUCAGGUUGGCACACCUGCUGAUGAUGCUUUCCCCGAAGGUCUGGAACCCCCUUCCUGAGAACUUUUUUACCUCAAAAGGAAAAUGGGCAGUGAUUACUGGGGGUUCAGAUGGAAUAGGAAAAGCUUACGCACAAGAGUUAGCGAGGCGUGGGCUGAACGUGGUCAUCAUCAGCAGGACUAAAGAGAAGCUGGACGGAGUAGCGAGAGAGAUAGAGCUAAAAACAGAGGCAAAGGUCAGAGCAAUAGCUGCUGAUUUCACCAAAGACGAUAUUUACAGAGACAUAGAAGAGAACAUUGAGGGUCUGGACAUUGGCCUUUUAGUUAACAACGUGGGCAUUCUGCCAACCCAGUUACCCUGCAAACUACUUGAAACAGCUAAUCUAGAAGAGAAAAUCAAUCAAGUGAUCAACUGUAACGUCAAAACCAUGGUGAAGAUGUGUCACAUUGUCCUUCCUGGAAUGGUGGAAAGGGGACGGGGGAUAGUUCUGAACGUGUCGUCUGGCAUAGCAAAAAUCCCCUGUCCCACCUACGCUUUAUACGCAGCAUCAAAGGCUUUUGUUGAGAGAUUCUCACAGGGACUUCUAGCUGAAUACAGAUCCAGUGGAAUUCUUAUUCAGUCAGUGUCUCCUUUUGGAGUCUCCACAACGAUGACGGGCCACCCGAAGCCAGACCUGAUCACCUUCACAGCUGAGGAGUUUGUGAGGAAUUCGUUGAUGUAUCUGAAAACUGGAGAACAAACAUACGGCAGUGUCAGACAUUCAAUUCUGGGCUGGGUCAUCCAGGCCAUUCCUACCUGGGUCCUGAGGAGUGAAGCGUUUCAUCAGCACUUUCAGGAAUACGUGAAGAGGAGAGUGUGCAGCUGAGCACUGUGUUUGUACUGCAUGGUUUCUAUGGAGCACUUUAUUAUGCUCUUUGCACUACUGUAAUUCUUGUUUGCACUUGAUGAUGGCGCCCCUAUCUGAGACGGUCCAUUGGGAAAGAUAAAGGUCACGCUGACCUCGAACAGCACCUUAGGAUAGUAAAACAGACACUUUUCACCCAAGUCAUUAUCUCAGACUUCCUGAGAAGAAGCUCAGUGGAGCAGAGCUGAGUGACAAGACUGUCUGACUCUUUAUUUAUCCCAAAACAAAAGAUACAGCCAGCAGCAAGGAAACACAGAGUGAUCCUGUCAGACAUAUCUCAUUUCUGCUCCAAAACAUUUAUCCAUAUUAUUCUCAACAUCAGUACUCACAUCAUUCCACACUUCUAAUUACCUUUCAUGAUCAUAAAUAUUUGAUGUAGAAUGUUGUUUAAAAGUUGUAAAGGUUAAUAAAAAAAAAAAAAAAAAAAAA